AUGGCCUCUCCUUUAGAGGAGGAUCUCUCCUGUCUGGUCUGUCAGGACAUAUUUAAAGAUCCGGCUGUCCUGUCAUGCAGCCACAGCUUCUGUAGAGAAUGUCUGGAGAACUGGUGGAGAGAGAAAAAACUACGGGAAUGUCCGGUUUGUAAAAAAAGAUCUUUACAUGAUCCACCUCGUAACCUGGCUUUAAAGAACCUGUGUGAGUCCUUCUUACUGGAGAGAGACCAGAGAGCUUCAGAGACUCUCUGCAGUCUGCACUCUGAGAAACUCAAACUCUUCUGUCUGGACCAUCAGCAGCUUGUGUGUCUCGUCUGCAGAGAUUCAAAAACACACAACAACCACAGAUUCAAACCCAUCGAUGAAGCUGCACAGGAUCUCAAAGAGGAGAUCCAGAAAUCCCUGAAGCCCUUAAAGGAGAAACUGAAGCUCUUUGAACGAGUUAAAGGAAACUGUGAUCAAACAGCAGAACACAUUAAGGUCCAGGCCCAAGAAACAGAGAGGAAGAUUCAGGAGCAGUUUAAGAAGUUUCACCAGUUUCUACAAAAGCAAGAGGAGGCCAGGAUCUCUGCUCUGAAGAAAGAAGAGAAGCAGAAGAGUCAGAAGAUGAAGAAGAAGAUUGAGUCUCUGAGCAGAGAGAUAGCAGCUCUUUCAGACACAGUCAGAGCCACAGAGGACGAGCUGAGAGCUGAAGACGUCUCGUUCCUGCAGAACUACAAGGCUGCAGUGGAAAGAGUCCAGCAGCGCGCCCUGAUGAAGGAUCCACAGCUGCUCUCAGGAGCUCUGAUAGACGAGGCCAAACACCUGGGGAACCUGGCCUUCAGAAUCUGGAAUAAGAUCAAGAAGAUGUUCUCCUACAGUGCUGUGAUUCUGGAUCCAAACACUGCUCAUCCAGAACUCAUCCUGUCUGAAGAUCUGACCUGUGUUGGACGUGGAGAGAGACAGAAGCUUCCUAAUAAUCCAGAAAGGAUUGAUUCCCUCAUCUCUGUUCUGGGCUCUGAAGGGUUUGACUCAGGAACUCACAGCUGGGGCGUUGAGGUUGGAGACAGUCCGGCCUGGGUCCUGGGUGUGGCAGCAGAAUCUGCCCAAAGAAAAGGAGACCUAGCUUUACAGUCUACAUUAUGGAGAUUACUGUUUUUUAAAGAUGAAUACACAGCAUGCUCGUUACCCGGUCCCAACACUGUUCUCUCAGUGAAGAAGAAGCCCCAGAAGAUCAGAGUUAAACUGGACUGGAACAGAGGGCAACUGUCAUUCUAUGACGCUGAUACUAACACACACAUACACACUUACACACAAACUUUCACCGACAAGUUGUUUCCUUACUUUAACACUAGCAAUGAAUUCCCGCUGAAGAUAUUACCAGUGGAUAACUCUACAGAGAGCAAAGCGUACAGUAGCGGUUGGUGGCCUUUCAGUUAA